GACAGAAGUUACUGAAAUUAGGUGUGAGAAUGAAAAAUGUUGAAUAGAACGAACGUCACGUGUCAUAUAUUUCGGGACCAAGACGCACUCGAAUGACACGAAAUUGAAAACAGAAGAAGAAUCGACCAACAUGCUCUCUCCUUCCAUGAUCCAAUGAAGAUUCCUUCUUGUGACAAACUCUCACUUUCAUGUGCAAGUCUAAAAAGAGCACCACCGUGGUGCAAGUGCAACCCACAAACAGAAACCCUCGACGAUCUUUAACAUCUUCGUCAUCGUCGAAUUUUCCAUCCUCUACCAGCGAUGUUCCGAUCACAGAAUCAAGAAGCUACGUAUACGGAGAUAAACAUAAUAAACAAUGCUCCAAAACAUCAUCUUCCUCUUCCAUUUCUAGCCACGCUUCUCUUUCAAGUCUCAAACAUACCCUUCCUGAAAACCCUCAUAUCUACCCCUUCUCUGAGAUUUCCAUCGCCACCGCUAAUUUUUCCACCAACCGCCUCUCAAACUCAUCCUUCCGUUGUUCCCUCCGCGAUCUUGACGUCGUCGUUUUUCAACGCAAAUUCCGCCGUCACAUGGACCUGCCGGAGCUUCGUGAUCGACUCGCUCUUAUCUGCCGGAGCCACCAUAGCAGCCUCGUAAAACUCCUCGGAGCUUCCGUCUCCGGUAAUUACAUUUACCUUGUUUAUGACUUUGUCCACGGUGCUAACCUUUCCGAUUGCCUUCGCAAUCGUCGGAACCCUAGCUUCACCAAUCUCUCCACGUGGACCUCACGGAUGCAGGUUGCCUCCGAUCUCGCACACGGCCUUGAUUACGUUCACAAUUCCUCUGGUUCCAGUUCCGGUUUCGUUCAUAACCAUAUCAAGAGCUCCAGCAUCAUCGUUGCCGAUAAUACUCUCAGGGCUAAGAUAUGCCACUUCGGGACGUCGGAGCUCUGCGGCGAGCCCGUCGACCUUUCUUCUGGAAUGGACUCCGGCAGGAAAUUGAGGAAGUCCGGUAGUCGGACGGUGAGGUUUGAAGGGACGAGGGGGUACAUGGCGCCGGAAUUUCAGGUAACCGGCGUGGCGACGCAGAAGACGGACGUGUACGCGUUCGGCGUGGUGGUACUUGAAAUUCUGAGCGGAGAAGAAGCGGUGAGAUUUGAAUUGGAAGGUGAUGAUGGUAGGUACAGGAGGGUGAGUGUGGUGGAGACGGCGAGGGAAUCGUUGAAGGAUCAGGGUGGCGUGAGAAAGUGGGUGGAUAGGAGGCUGAGGGAUUCGUUUCCGACGGAUGUGGCUGAGAAAAUGAUUCGGGUCGGGUUGGAGUGUGUUGAGGAUGAUCCGAAAGAAAGACCUGAUAUGGGUCGGGUUUUGAUGGAAGUGUCCAAGUUGUUUUUGGAAUCUAAGGAGUGGGACGAAAAAUUAGGAACAAACGUUGAUUUAUCGGUCUCCUUGGCCCCACGGUGAUCCCCGUUUCUCUUUUGUUUAAUGUCACUCUCACUCCUCUUUUAGUAAAUACAUUGAUUUAUUUAUCUCUCCUUACAUAGCUUGUAAAAAUAGACUUAAUAUAAAGGUGUGUGUCAUUUAAACAUACUUGAAGAAACAAGACAUGUGUGUGCUCUCUCACUCUUUUGGUUUUUGACAGUAAAAGGUAUUUCAAUAUAAGAUUACAUUUAUUAAA